UGCGUGCACGUGUUCAUUCUGAUUCAUCAUUUCUCUGUGGCUCCUUGAACGUACAUUGUCCACAGAUAUCAGACAUGUCCGAACCUGCAGAAGCACGCGGUUAUUCCCCGACAUCACAUUCGCCACCGCCACAGGGUCACGGAAUUUCGUCCGACAGUUCAACACCACACGGUUACAGAGUGUCCCCCGAUAUGUUGCCACCACAGGGUUACAGAGUGUCCCCCGAUAUGUUGCCACCACAGGGUUACAGAGUGUCCCCCGAUAUGUUGCCACCACAAGGUUACAGAGUGUCUCCCGAUAUGCUGUCGCCACAGGGUUACAGAGUGUCCCCCGAUAUGUUGCCACCACAGGGUUACAGAGUGUCCCCCGAUAUGCUGUCACCACAGGAUACUACGACGACGCGUGGGACUCCAUCACCUUUUGCGCUAGAUCAACUUGCCGUUCCUGAGGUUCCUCUUUUGCACGAAGAAGGUUUUGAGUACUACGGCCUGUCUGACAUCCCCUGGAAGAAAGUGCGCAACUACAAGAUGACUAAUUACCUAGAAUCCAUUAGUGAACUGCUUAAUUAG